GGCGCAGGGCGCCUGCGCGGCAGCGAGGAGCAUUUUGGGAAGGGGCGGGAUGGCGCAGGCGCGCUCAGGUCCCGGUAGCUCCUGCAGCGUAAACAAGGCAGUGCGGAGAGGGAUGAGGAAGCGGCCGGAGCCGAGCGGGGCUGGGAGCCGCCGAGGCUGAGCCUCUCCCCCGCUGGCCGUCCGCCCGGGAGGAGCCCCGAGAAGCGCCAUGAACUUGGCCAGUCAGAGCGGCGAGGCCGGCGCCGGCCAACUGCUCUUCGCCAACUUCAACCAGGACAACACGUCCUUAGCUGUGGGCAGCAAAACCGGUUACAAAUUCUUCUCCCUCUCUUCGGUGGAUAAACUGGAGCAGAUCUAUGAAUGCACGGACACAGAAGACGUGUGCAUUGUGGAGAGGCUCUUUUCCAGCAGCUUGGUGGCCCUCGUGAGCCUCAAAGCCCCUCGCAAGCUGAAGGUCUGCCACUUCAAGAAGGGGACGGAGAUCUGCAACUACAGCUAUUCCAAUACAAUCCUGGCUGUCAAGCUCAACAGGCAGAGAUUGAUAGUAUGCUUAGAAGAGUCUCUGUACAUACACAACAUACGGGACAUGAAGGUGUUGCAUACAAUCAGGGAGACGCCCCCCAACCCUGCAGGUUUGUGUGCACUGUCCAUUAACAAUGACAAUUGUUACUUGGCCUACCCGGGGAGCGCAACCAUUGGAGAAGUGCAGGUCUUUGACACCAUCAAUCUGAGAGCUGCUAAUAUGAUCCCCGCCCAUGACAGUCCUUUGGCUGCCUUGGCUUUUGAUGCAAGCGGCACCAAACUGGCCACAGCAUCAGAAAAGGGGACCGUGAUCCGGGUAUUUUCCAUUCCAGAGGGGCAGAAACUCUUUGAAUUCCGAAGGGGAGUGAAGAGGUGUGUGAGCAUCUCUUCCUUGGCCUUCAGCAUGGAUGGGAUGUUUCUGUCCGCAUCCAGUAACACGGAGACAGUGCACAUUUUCAAACUGGAGACUGUGAAGGAGAAACCUCCGGAGGAGCCCACAACCUGGACAGGUUACUUUGGGAGAGUUCUGAUGAACUCCACAAACUACCUGCCCACCCAGGUGACCGAAAUGUUCAACCAAGGCCGGGCCUUUGCGACCGUCCGCCUCCCCUUCUGCGGGCACAAAAACAUCUGCACGUUGGCCACAAUUCAGAAGAUCCCCCGUCUGCUGGUGGGAGCUGCUGACGGGUAUCUGUAUAUGUACAAUUUGGACCCUCAGGAAGGGGGCGAAUGCACACUGAUGAAACAGCACAAACUGGACGGCAGUAUGGAGCCAGCCAAUGAAAUUCUAGAGUCUGCGACACAUGACCGGCCAUUAGUAGCACAGACGUACAGUGCCGCUGUGGCUAAAGGUACUUACGUGCCUUCUUCGCCUACAAGACAUGCCUACACCGAGGACCUGGGUGCAGUGGGCGGGGCCUGCCUGGAGGACGACACCAGCGCCUUGCGAUUGGAUGAAGACAGCGAGCAUCCCCCCAUGAUCCUCCGGACUGACUGAACUUUGACCUGUGAACUCACUGCUGAAGCCAAGAACACUGGCCUGACACUUCUUGAGGAUUCUCGCGUCGAUGCUGCUACGAACUUUGACCUGAGCUGCGAGAGCGAAGAGAGGGUGGCAUCCUCUAAAAACAGUUGUGAAGCCAACGGGAAAGCAACCCAUUGUAGCUGUAGCUCCGAUUCAACGCCAUGGGUGGGGGGGAUGAUAUAUGGUUUCACUUCAGUGGCUUUUAAAUCCUGCUUGCUCCUUUCUUUCUUUUUUUUAGCUGUGAGGACUUUCCUUCUUUUCUCUCUCUGUCAUUGCCAAAACCUGCUCUUUGUGCAGCCUCCGGCAACUCGCUUUGCAUGCCUCCUUGUGCCAAGCAAGCAUCGGCAAGUAGACCCACUUUACAGCAGAGUUUGCAAAUUUUUUUUAAUUUAAAAAAAAUGAGCAGAAUAUAUAUGUACAUACAACGUUCGGCGUCUGUGAGGGAGGAACGGCAAAGUUGGGUUCUGAAUGCUUUUGGCUUUUUGCGCUCAGACAAAAAUUCCAGAGGGCUUCUUUGUAUAUGGUCUUGCAGGUGACUGCCACGCUGCGUUCUCUUUCUUUGGGUUCUUGGCCCCUGCCCGCUUCUCCCUCACAGUCCAUCCCCCCCACUUUUCUCCCCCUCCCCCCGGACCAUUUUGUUAAUUAAAACUCCUCCUGAAUGCCGCUUUGCUUGUGGGACUAUUGUGUUCUCUUAAACGGGGGAGAGGUCUGCUUCCUGGAGGUUGCGUCCCGCUCCCCCAAGGAGGAGAGAGGGGCAGAUGAUAAGCUUUGGUUGCUAAAGAACUGAGAGGAGCCAGGACAUUUCGCCUCUUUGUUGGCCAACCGAGUUGGCGUGCCGAGUUUUAGAGGUGUCGGGUGGUUUCGGCUCAGAAAGCAUAUUCCUCCUCCAGGCCUCUUUAUCUGAUCAGUAGUAUCUUCCCACCUUGCUUUAAUCCUUUGCUGAUGAAUACAUGGAGUUGCCUUCAGCGUGCACCAGCUCUGCUCUUCGUUCUUGCAGUUGGCCAAACUCUCUGCUCCCCUUGGUUCUUCAGGAGGGAAAGGCAGCCUCCUCAAUCAGUCUCAGUCUCCCUCUCUAAUGUGCAAUCGAACUUGCCCUAUAUCCAGUUGUUGUGCUGUGUGUUCCCCCUGCUCUGUAUCAUUGGUCGGGGAAACACGGAAGACAGGGCUAUCUUUUCUGCGCAUUAUAGAGGGAGAACACUCAUCUCCCUUCCUUGACCACAGCCAAGCAUUGCUUCUCACUUGUCCUUCCCUCCUUUUGAUGGCCGACUUUUCUCUCUCGGCAGUCUGGCUACUGGGUUGAGCCGAAGCAUGAACUCCUGUCUCAGCGUCCGUCCCCUGGGCUCCCAACUGCCGAGAACUCUCUGACCUCCUCUCGAUGUGGAGGCCCACAUGGCAUAACUGUUGUGUUAACUCCCCACUUUUCCGACAGCUUGAGUGGUAGUUCUGGUGACGGAAAGGACGGAUCUUUCUGGAACUGCCAGGACUCUGGCGAAGAGUGACCAAAGUUGGGCAAAACUGCCGCCUGCUUUUACAGAGCUGUAAUGUGCCUUUUUUGUUUUAGUUUUGUUUUUUAACCUUUAGACUUGUUUUUCAGUGAGCAGAAACAAUUAUGUAUACCCUUUGGUUGUGAACCUCUUGUUUCCUUAGAUUGUUAGCCACCUUUUUUUUUUUUUUUUGGAUUAAAUUAUUACUCACUCUC